AUGGCGGAAUCUUGGGAAGUACUUGUUCAGAUCAAACAGGCCGAUGCCGCGGCUAAGAUACCGACCUCGUGGCGUCUGCCUACUGAGUAUACCAGCAUCUCUGAGACUACCGGACGCAACGUACUUGAUGUUCCGCGUCGUUGUGGUCUUUUGACUCCCAACCAACUGGAAAUUACUGAAAAUUACGAUGCCACGUCGCUUUUGGAGAAAAUCAGUCACCGGGAACUGUCGGCCUACGAAGUUACUGAGGCAUUUUGCAUUCGCGCAGCGAUCGCACAGCAGGUGACCCGGUGCCUCACAGAGACAUUCUUUGAUCUCGCCCUUCGGCGAGCGAAAGAGCUGGAUCGGCAUUUGCAAGAAACUGGUCAUCUUGUGGGACCCUUACAUGGGUUGCCCAUCAGCUUCAAGGACUGUUUCAAUAUUGAGGGAGUUCAUACCACCAUUGGGUUCACCUCUUUCAUCAAGAAUGACCCCGUCAAAUCUAACUCAGCCCUUGUGGAGAUUAUCUUGGCUCUUGGCGGAAUCCCUUAUGUCAAAACAAACAUUCCACAGACGAUGAUGAACACUGAACCCCCACCGCUCCAAUCUGACGGCAGGGGGAAGUUCGGGGGAGAAGGGGCAUUAAUUGCCAUGCGAGGAUCAAUCCUAGGUAUUGGAACUGAUAUUGCUGGGUCUAUUCGCAUUCCAGCCAUCUGCAACGGUAUCUUUGCUCUGCGUCCCUCAGCAGAUCGUGUUCCAUAUGGCGGCCAGACAAGCUCCGGCCGACGUGGCAUGGCCGGGAUCAAGGCUUGUGCUGGGCCUUUAGCAACUUCCGUUCGAGACUUAGAGCUCUUCAUGUCACUAGUAAGCGAUGCUGAUCCAUGGAAAGUGGAUUCGUCGGUGAUCUUCUCCCCAUGGCGGACUGUCACCUCGAAAUCGGCGCUGCGCCUGGGUCUGAUCGAGGAAGAUCCUCAUUUCCCACUACAUCCACCAGUCCUUCGCAACUUGGAGCGAGCCACGGAAAAGCUUCAGGCUGCGGGCCACAAAAUUAUCCCAUUAGAUACCCCUUCUAUCAAGGAUGCCUGUGCACUGGCAUUUCGCAUGUUUGCCAUGGACCCGGCCGGUACUGCGUUUCAGCACAUUGCUGCCAGCGGAGAACCGACCAUACCGGCGCUGGCUUCCACAUCUCUUCCCCAUGAAUAUAUGCAAUAUGAAUAUGCUCCGCUAACCCUUGAGGGACUCUACGAUUUAAAUGAGCAGCGAAUCAAGUUCAAAGAACAGUUCCGUUCACUGAUUGUGCAAGCGGAUGUUGAUGCCAUCAUCAUGCCUGGAUACCAGGGAACUGCCCAGCCUCAUGAUUUAUUCGGGUUCGUGCCAUACACUAUCCUCUGGAAUCUCCUUGAUUACCCAGCUUCCAUCGUGCCAUUCGGCAAAGCAAACAAGACUGCCGAUGCAGCAUUCGUUCGGAAUGUGCAGUAUAGGCCACCUUACACGCCUGAUGAAGUGGAAAGCGUACCUUGCUGUGUGCAAUUGGUGGGCAGAAACUUGCGUGAGGAGGAGUUGAUGAAAGUCUCUCGAGUUGUUGCGGAUGUUCUCGCGGCACGAUAG